AUGUCCGACAUCUCCGAUCAAAUCUCGGAUGACUACGUCAACAUCUCAUCCGAGACCGACCUCCAUCUGAGCGUCUACAUGGAAAAGCUGGGCCGCCAUCGCCGUCUGGAUAGCUCGUCAAGUGACGCCUCAUCCAGCGAGAGCCUAUCACUCACCGCCGCCCGCGACGCUCCCACGCACACCUUUCCCAAGAACCUGCCGGACUGGAGCAACCUCAAGGUGAUCCAUCGUGGCACCCUGCCGCCACGGAGCUACUUCUUCCUGUACAACAAUGAAGAGGACGCCCUGACCAGGGACACCUCCAAGUCCAAGUCCAAGCUGCUGUCCGGGAAGUGGAAGUUCCACCUGACCACAUCACCCUUCCAUGAGCCCCGCGACUUUUACAAGACCGACUUUGACACGUCUGAAUGGGACGACAUCGUCGUCCCCGGCAUGUGGCAGUGCCAGGGAUACGGCAAGGGCCCGCAGUACACCAAUCUCAACUUCCCCUGGCCCGUCGACGCUCCCAACAUCCCCUACGAUGAUAACGAGUGCGGCCGACACGUGACGACGUUCCAGGUUGGGGACGACUUUGCCGACCACCAGCUGAGGCUCCGCUUCGAGGGUGUUGAUUCCGCCUUCACCGUCUGGGUCAACGGCAAGGAGGUCGGCUACUCCCAGGGCGCCCGCAACCCUAGCGAGUUCGACGUCACGGACCUCGUCAAAAUCGGCGAGGACAACGUGCUCGCCGUCGAGGUCUACCAGAGGUGCGACGGCACCUACCUCGAGGACCAGGACCAGUGGUGGCUCAGCGGCAUCUUCAGGGACGUCUACCUGCACGCCUUUCCCAAGUUCCACCCUGUCGACUACCACGUUCACACUCUCCUCGAUGAUGACUACAAGGACGCCACCCUCCGGGUCGACAUCGAGCUGGAGCGCGGCGCCUACGUCGACAUGAAGCUCCUCGACGCCGACGGCGAGCUUGUCGCUAAGGACAUGCAGAUCUUUGACCGCCACAACAGCUUCAACAUCCGCGUCAAGAACCCGCACAAGUGGACCGCCGAGACUCCCUACCUGUACACCCUCGUGCUCAACUUCAAAAACUGCAGCCUGGUCCAGCGCGUCGGCUUUCGUCGCACCGAACUCAUCAAGGGCGUCUUCUGCAUCAAUGGCGACCCAGUCAAGUUCCGCGGCGUCAACCGCCACGAGCAUAACCCAGACUCGGGCCGCGCCGUGCCCUAUGAGUUCCUCAAGCACGACUUGCUGCUGAUGAAGCAUUUCAACGUCAACGGCAUUCGCACCUCCCAUUACAUCAACGACCCGCGCUUGUACGACCUCGCUGACGAGCUCGGCAUCUGGAUCCUCAACGAGGCCGAUCUCGAGUGCCACGGCUUCGGCGUCCUCGGCAACAACGCCGGCGACUGGGCCUCCAACAACCCGGACUGGCGCGAGGCCUACGAGGACCGCGCGCGGCAGAUGGUCCAGCGUGACAAGAACCACGCCUCCGUCAUCCUGUGGUCCCUCGGUAACGAGUCCUUCUACGGCUCCAACCACCAGCACAUGUACGACGUCAUCAAGAGCAUCGACAAGUCCCGCCUCGUCCACUACGAGGGCGACGGCGGCGCCCGCACUGCCGAUAUCUACAGCCGCAUGUACGCCUCCGCCAACGACAUCGUCAACCAGGCCUCCGAGAGGGACUGGAGCAAGCCGCUCGUGCUGUGCGAGUACAUCCACGCCAUGGGCAACGGGCCUGGCGGCAUCAAGGAGUACAUCGAUGCUUUCUACAAGUACCCGCGUCUCAUGGGAGGGUUCGUGUGGGAGUGGGCCAACCAUGGCCUUCGCACCAAGAACGAAGAGGGGGAGGAGUACAUGGCCUACGGCGGCGACUUUGGCGACGUGCCCAACGACUACAACUUCGUCUUUGACGGCCUCUGCUUCGCCGAGCACACCCCGACGCCCGGCUUGGUUGAGUACGGCAAGGCCAUCGAACCGGUGCAGACGCUCGACAUCAAGGACAACGAGGUCACCAUCAUUAACCGUUACGACUUUAUCUCUCUCGACCACCUCACCGCUACCUGGCACAUUGUCGCUGACGGCAUGGUCAUCGGCGGCGACCAAGAAGUCGACAUCCCCAAGGGCAUCAAGCCGCACACCGAAGCCCGCCUCAAGAUCAAGGGCCUGCCCAAGAACCUCACCGCCGAGGCCUAUCUGCACAUCGACUUCGCCCUCGCUCACGACACGAACUGGGCCAAGGCCGGCCACCGCGUCGCCUUUGGCCAGCUCCCGCUCUCCAAACCCCCAUCCAUGGCCGCCAUCCUCUCCUCCCUCUCCAACCCCUUCGUCGACCCCGUCCCGCACGUCACGCAAGCCUCGCCCUCGCUCCUCGCCAUCACCUCCUCCACGGGCCAGUCGACCUGGUCCCUCCACCUCCAGCUCGGCACAAUCACGUCGUGGCGCAAGGCCGCUCGCCCGCACCUCGAGCUCCUGACCGAGCCCCCGUACAUGGACUUCUACCGCGCCCUCACCGACAACGACCGCGGCGGCCGCUUCGGCCAGAACUGGCAGGACCGCCGCCUCCACCAGACGCGCCACUCGGUCAAGCGCGUCGCUUGGCGCAAGGAGAAGCGCGGCCUCGUCGUCGACGUCCACUCGCGCAUCGCCCCGCCCGUCCUCGCCUGGGCCGUCGACACCUGGACCACCUUCACCUUCCACGGCGAAGCCGUCUACAUCAAGGUCAAGGGCAAGCCCAACGGGCCCCUGCUGCCGGACACCUUCGCCCGCGUCGGGCUAACGUUUGGCCUCAGCGGGGUCGAGGAGGUCGCCUGGUGGGGCCGCGGGCCCGGCGAGAGCUACCGCGACAAGAAGAUGAGCCAGGCCUUUGGCAACUGGGAGCAGACCGUCGACGACCUCUUUGUCGACUACGAGUUCCCUCAGGACGGGGGCAACAGGACCGACGUCCGAUGGGUCGAGUUCCGCGGCCGGCUGCCCGAGGGUGACGAUGACAACGACGGCAAAGACAACGAGGAAAAGCCCGUCGAGCGCCUCAUCCGCGCCCGCUUCGGCGACCUCGAAGGAGCGUCCUUCUCGGCCAUGCAUUACACGACAACCGACCUCGACGAGUGCACGCACCCGUACGAGCUGCACAAGCGCAAGCGGGAGGACACGGUCGUCAGGCUCGAUUGGGCGCACCACGGGCUGGGGACCGGGUCAUGCGGGCCGGCCACACUGCCGCAGUAUGAGCUGCGGUCGAGAGACUUUGAAUUCGAGCUUGUUCUGGACUAA